AGCUGGGUCUGCGUCAUAAACCAGUUUCCUCAUUCUACUAUAAUAAAACAAAGUUGCAAACAUCUUGCAACACAAUUAAGUUGAUGAACCAUGGCUGAGAGGCUACUGCUUUACUGUAUUACAAUUGCAAUCUUGUUUAUAUUUGCUUGCUGUCCAGUGAGGGCAUCACAUUGCGAUGAACCAGAGGGAACAGUUCGACUGGUUAAUGGACCCAGCUCUAGAGAGGGGAGAGUGGAGGUUUGUGUGGAAGGACGCCGGCACACCCCUUGUCAAGAAACAUGGGGGCUUGAAGAGACACGAGUGGUGUGUCGACAACUGGGGUUUUGCCAGCAAGGAGGAUCAGUAUCAGAUGAGUACUAUUAUCCCAUAAACGAGUUCCAUGUAAACUGCACUGGAAAUGAAGCUACACUGAGCAACUGUUCCCUGAACACAUUAGAUUACUGUGACAAUUAUCGGUCGGCUGGAGUGGCUUGUCAUGCUCAAAUCCCACACAAACCAACAAACAUGGAAAUCGAAGUAAUUGACCUGUUCUCCAUUCAAUUGACCUGGUCACCUCCAGACAUGAGCAACUGCACUGAUAUUGAUGAGUACAGGAUAAGCUGUAAUUUUUCUUACCCGUGUUCUUACACAAAUACUCGACAGACAACUUCAAUAACUACAUUCCUACAUGAUUAUUAUUUUUAUCGUUGCAACUACACCUGCUGUGUUUCAGGCAGCAACAGUGCUGGAGAAAGUCCUCAAGAGUGUGCUUUAAAACCCCGUCCUACCCCUCCAAGAAAUGUGACAGUUUCAUCGAUCCAACCAACUUUGCUACAAAUAGAAUGGAUAGAACCAGAACAAAUCAAUGGCGACUUUGAUCUAUACUCAGUGGUAUGUGGAAACAAUACCAGAAAUAUAUACAGCAUCACAGAAACAGCUGUUAACAUGACUGGACUGAGUGUGUUCACAAGAUACGAAUGCUGUGUCACAGCACAAGCAUUUAACUAUUAUGAUUAUACUACCUUCAGCAGUUCGCCAAGCUGUGUUAAUGCUACUACUGCUGCAGAUCUCCCUACUGCCCCCCUGGCUCUCAACAUCCCUGGCAUCACAUAUAAGUCCAUUCAACUGAAGUGGUCCAGACCUCAACCCAUCAAUGGCAUCAUCUCCCACUACACCAUUACAUGCCUGCAAGCUAAUGGAACUAUUGUGAGGUUGAAUACCACUGCUGAUGGACUAGAGACUGUGAGCAACCUCCGACCAUUGACCAACUACACUUGCUGCAUCUCUGCCACUAAUCAAGUUGGCAAAGGAAAUAACACUUGUGUGGAUGCAAGGACAGAGCGAGGUUCUCCUACUGAACCACAAGAAUUAGUUGCCAUAGUUUCGGCCUACACUAACGGCAUCACGCUGACUUGGACAGAGCCAGCUGAGAGCUAUGGACAAGCUAUCCUGUUCUACAGUAUCAACUGCACAUCAACACACCACAAUGUGGAGAUACAACGAGCAUACAUUACCUCUGUGAAUGUGUCUGUUCUUGAUGCCAACACCAACUACACUUGCUGUGUUUCAGCAGGGAACUCUGUGGGCGUUGGACUCCAUCAAUGUAUUAUUGUCAUGACAGCCAAACUGCUAGUAUAUACUGAACAACCACAACAACCACAAACUGACAGCAACCAGCUGGUGACAGCUGUGUCUGCUGGAGUACUGCUAGCAGUGUUGCUACUUCUGUGUAUUGUGAUAACAUGCAUAACCUGUUGUUGUUGUUACAAGAGAAAAACGAGCAAACAAGGUCAACAAAGCAGUGCAGAUCCAGUGUACGAUGUUCCUGAAGAUAUAGAGCUCAAAGAGAAAGGCAGUAGUACAUUGAGAAGUGGUCCACAAAACAACGACACAUCACGCAGACACGUGUACAAAGAAGAGGUGGAGAUAAGAUAUGAGAAACCAGUGCUUGCUUCGAGUGGAGGGACUGCAACGAACAAAAAACAAAAAGAGGAAAAGCCAAUGAUGCUGAUAGCUAGUCCAUCCAUCACUCAACCUGGGCAGCAAAGUAGUGAGAAGAUCUACCAGCCAUUGAUCCCUCCCAAGACUUACAAAGAACAAGAAGUCUCAGCCUACCAAGACCUGGCCUUUGAGACAAGAGACGCUGGGACAGACGUGGCUAAUAAUUCAGAGGGACAGUACGAGCCAAUCAGGAAGAAUGAUGAGGACGAUCAGUACGAGCCCCUGUCGUUUGGAGGGGGUGGGACAUCUCAGGAGGAGGGGGCGUAUCAACCACUGAGCUUCCAGAGGGAGGACGACAACACUUACGAAACUAUUCAAACCACCACCACCCGUACAUGAGAAAUGAACUAUGACUUUGACUAUAAUAAUAAUACUAUAUGAAAAUUUGUUCUGUGUGUGUGUGUUGCAUUGAUGUUUGAGUGGUGUUUUUUUGUGUGUACACUCUUUUAUUGUUCCACAUGUGUUGGUUUGCUGGA